AUGAUUCUUAUACAACAGAAGGAAAAUUCCUUUUCUGGCAUACAAAGGGUAUAUUACCCCUCUAAAAAAUCACAUGAAAGUGGGCUUGAGAAGAAAACGAUUAGGCCUGAGAUGUUGCUGAAUUAUCCUCACCACUGCAGCUUAUGGCCAGCAGCAAAGCUCCUCCCUCCUCGCAAUCACCUCCGGCCUGAGAAAUUGAAGUUAAAGAGUGCUGCAACACCCACGUUGUUAAGAAGGAACCAGAGCUGCCGGCGGCGGCGGUGGUGGCGGCGGACAUCUUCUACAGCCGCAAUUUCAGCUUCGCUUGGCCAACUGGAUCUAACAGAAGACAACAUCAAGCAGGUGUUGGCCGAUGCCAGAACUGAGUUGGCACAGCUCUUCGAUACAUCAGUUAAUAUUACAGGGAAAGCAGAGCUUGCCGAACUUGAUGGGCCGUAUGUGAAGAUCAGCCUGAGUGGCCGGUUUUGGCACAAGCGUUCGACGGUUCUUGCUCGUCUUGGGAAUUACUUGAAGCAGAGAAUUCCUGAAAUAUUGGAAGUCGACAUUGAAGACGAGAAGCAGCUCGACGAUAGCCCUGAAAACUUUUGAUGCUUUCCUUUCAAUGUUAACUUUAUUCUUAUUUGCAGUCGAAGUCAUCUUCAAGUAAAAAUGUAAAAGAAUAACAUAAAAUAAUUCCAUUUCCAAUUUUGAAG